AUGGAAAAAUGGGAGGAAGACAAUCAGACAUCACCCAUAGAGUUCCUGCUGCUGGGAAUGGGGAAUUUGCCCACACUCCAGACUCUGCUCUUCCUCCUAUCACUCAUUAUCUAUUGCAUAACUGUGAUUGGAAACAUCCUGAUCAUCGUGCUGGUGGUUACAGACCAGCAUCUGCACACUCCCAUGUACUUCUUCCUGGGCAAUCUGUCCUCCUUGGAGACCUGCUACAGCUCCACCGUUCUGCCCCGGCUGCUGACCAGCUUCCUGACCAGGGACAAGACAAUCUCUGCUCACAGCUGUGUAGCUCAGUUCUACUUCUUUGGCUCUUUUGCAGGUACUGAGUGUUACCUGCUGGCAGCCAUGUCCUACGGUUGGUACUUGGCCAUAUGCCACCCCCUGCUCUACACAGGCUUCAUGACCUGGAAGGUCUGUUUUCAGCUGGUGGCUGCAUCUUGGCUAGUGGGUAUGCUGAUGUGUGCAGUAGUCACAGUCUUCUUAUCGCAGUUGAAGUUUUGCGGCCCUAAGGCAAUUGACCACUUCUUCUGUGAUUUAACUCCUCUGCUGGAGCUUUCCUGCAGUGACACCAGCAUGGUCACUCUCGCAUCUUUCAUCCUGUCUUUCCUAACCAUUAUCUUCCCCUUCCUGUUCACUCUGGCCUCCUACGUGUGCAUUACAGCUGCCAUCCUAAGGAUCCCAUCCAGCGUGGGCAAGCAGAAGGCCUUCUCCACCUGCUCCUCUCACCUCACUGUUGUCACUCUUUUCUAUGGCACUCUCUUUACUGUCUAUGUGCUGCCCAGAACAGCCGCGCUGAGGCAGCUGAACAAAGUGCUCUCCUUCUUCUACACCGUCCUCACACCCUUGGUCAAUCCCCUCAUCUACAGCCUGAGGAGCAGGGAGGUCAGGGAGGCCCUGAAGAAAGCCAUCAGGAAAGUCAUUGCCUGCGCCCAAGGAUCACACUAG